UAUAUCUACUCAUUAUUCACAGCACAGCACAGCACAGCAAUAGACCAUAGUGUUGUGCUCUUCCCUUCUCCUUCUUCUUCUCUUAAACAUUUAUUCAGCUAUGUCGACUAGCACUGAAAAUCUUGAGAUUUUCGUUGGAAAUUUGACUUCUGACACUGAUGUUGAGAAAUUGACCACACUUUUUGGACAGGCUGGGACUGUAGUGCAUGCUGAGUUAAUUACUCUUUGGGAUACAGCCCUCAGGUUUGGAAGUGUAACUAUGAGUACUGUUGAAGAAGUUGAGAAGGCUAUUAAAAAGUUCGAUGUCUAUGGAUUAAAUGGAAAUUAUUUGAGUGUUAGUAAGUACGAUCCAAGAAAAUCACAACCCGAUCUUCCAAAACGUCCACUAGCAUUUGAUUCGGCUUUUAGUCUCUACGUUUGUAACUUGACGCGGGAAACUGACCCUGCUAAGUUGGAGGAAAUUUUCAGCAAAUAUGGUAAGGUUAAGAGUGUUGAGUUUGUCACCGACAGUUACGGUCGAUCACGUGGUUAUGGCUUUGUUACAAUGUCCAGCAAGACUGAAAUGGAUGAUGCCAUUGCUGCUCUUGACCGUAAACUGGAAAUGGGAUCAAGAACAAUGCAUGUUGCUGAGUUACCACGUAACUUGUAAUGAGUGCAAGAGAUGUUUACUUUUAAAGUCAGUGCUGUGUUAUUUUUCAUAAUAAUGGCUGAAGAUACAAUUUUAAUUUUAUGUUUGAAAAUAUUCCUUUUAGGAAGCUGUUUUAGUAAGAGUGAAUUUGUUAUAGAUAUUGUCUUUGCUGAAAUUCAUACUGAACUCAGUCGCUGAAAUUCAUACUGAACUCAGUCACCGCAUUAUUCCUUUUCA